AUGGACCAUCCUCAUCAUCAUCAUCAGCUCCACAUCGGGCCACAUCUGCAGCACGCGCACGCCGAACCCAUCAGCUUCGGGAUCGACCAGAUCCUCAAUAAUGUGGAGCAGAGCUGCAUGCUCGGUACCAGGAUGCCCGAACCGGACUACGGACACGUGUCGGCCUACAGCGGCAUGGGUACCGGCUUCACCUGUUCCAGCUCCGGGUACAGCAGCAGCAGCAGCGGGAACGGCUGCGGGGUGGGUUCCUUCAACAGUGCCUACAACAUGAACAUGGGGGUACACGUGAGCGGGAGUAACGGAAACACCGCCGGGAUCAUCCGCGUCCCCGCGCACCGACCGCUGAGCAGCGCGCACUCCUCCGCGCCGGGCGGCGGAUUACCGGCGGGGUCCGGGGCCAUCAGCAAUUUAACCGGACUGACCUUCCCGUGGAUGGAGAGCAAUAGGAGGUACACGAAAGACCGGUUCUCAGCGGCUCUCUCACCCCUCACUGUGACACGGCGUGUAGGUCAUCCGUACCAGAACCGGACGCCGCCCAAGAAGAAGAAGCCGCGCACGUCCUUCACGCGCCUGCAGAUCUGCGAGCUGGAGAAGCGUUUCCACCGCCAGAAGUACCUGGCAUCCGCCGAGCGCGCGGCCCUCGCCAAGGCCCUCAAGAUGACGGACGCGCAGGUCAAAACCUGGUUCCAGAACAGGAGGACCAAGUGGAGGAGGCAGACUGCGGAGGAACGUGAGGCGGAGCGGCAGCAGGCCAACCGCAUCCUGAUGCAGUUGCAGCAAGAGGCCUUCCAGAAGACCAUCAACCAGCCGCUGAGCCCGGACCCGCUCUGCCUGCACAACAGUUCCCUUUUCGCGCUGCAGAACCUGCAGCCUUGGACGGAAAAUACGGCGAAAAUGAGCAGCGUGUCCGCCUGCGAAUAA